AUGAUUGAAUUAGGCCUCUCCCGAAUCUCCCGUCUCGUCCAGCAGUCAGCCUUCAGCUGGAAAGCAAUCCAUGUCGCUGGGACGAAUGGCAAAGGCUCCAUCACAUCUUACGUCUCCGGCCUCUUGACGGCCGCCGGCGUUCGAUGCGGCCGGUUCACCUCGCCGCAUCUGAUCGACCGAUGGGACUGUAUUACGAUCAACGAUAAGACUGUCCCAGAAUCUUUGUUUCGUCAAGUUGAAGAACAGAUCGAACAGCGCAAUCGGUCGUUGGGUGUGGACGCCUCCGAAUUUGAAUUGCUUACUGCGACAGCGUUCGAAAUAUUCGAUCGGGAAAAUGUGGAAAUAGGUGUCGUAGAAGUUGGAAUGGGCGGUCGCCUCGACGCUACCAACAUACUUUCAAAUGUACUUGUCUCUGUCAUCGCAAAAAUUGGUCGCGAUCACGAGGCAUUUCUCGGAAACUCGAUACAAUCUAUCGCCAACGAGAAGGCAGGGAUCUUGAAAGACGGUGUACCUUGCGUUGUGGAUGGCACCAACGAGCCCGAGGUGCUUCAGGUUCUACAGUCUCGCAUUAGAGAACUCGGCAUUGAUUCCAUAACAGCGACAUCAGAUGUUGCAAUUCAACAUUUCCCCAAACUGGUUUCUUUAUUCAACGACCUUGAUCUAGAGCCUCAUCAGAGAAGCAACAUCGCCUGCGCAACAUUAGCGCUACAAAAGGCACUUGAACAAACUCAUUCACCCUUGAAUGUGAACGAUCUCGUUCCGAACUUGUCAAAAAUCGAAUGGCCCGGCCGUUUACAGCACCUUUCUGUCAAAUCAUUGAUCAACCGAAAUGAACCCGUUCUCAUUGAUGGAGCUCAUAACGGGCAAUCGGCGAAUGUUCUUGCCGGUUUCGUGAAUCAUCUGUCCGAGAUCCUACAGCCAUUGCUACAUCCCGGCGACAAUGCUGCGGUGGUCGCAUUUGGUCCUGUCGAUGGGAAGGUUGAAGCUUUUGGUGAUGAUAUUCCCUCUGCGCUCACGUGGGCAUCCCAAUCUGCUAGACAAGGGCCAUUGGUGAUUGCCGGCAGCUUGUAUUUGGAGAGGCACGUUUUCGUGUUCUGUGUCAGGAGGAUGGUCAGCCGUUCAAACGAUGCCGAGGAAUCGUUCCUCCCGUCAUCUCGUACCCCAGGAACACCAGUCAAGACACGAUUAGCAAGAUCGGGGACGAGCCCAACCAAAAGAGACGACAGGUCGUCGAAAUCGUUAUCGAAGGAUGAUUCAGAGCUCACGGACUAUCAAUUGGGGGAUUGCCUAGGCAAGGGUGCGUUUGGGUCGGUUUAUCGAGCCCUCAACUGGAACACCGGAGAGACAGUUGCAGUAAAGCAAAUAAAACUUGCAGAUCUUCCGAAGAGCGAACUAAGGGUUAUCAUGCUUGAAAUCGACCUCCUUAAAGCUUUGGAUCAUCCCAAUAUUGUGAAAUAUCAUGGUUUCGUGAAAACUCCCGAGAUGCUCAACAUCAUACUUGAGUACUGCGAAAACGGAUCGUUACAUAGUAUUGCGAAGAACUUUGGCCGCUUUCCCGAAAAUCUCGUGGCCCUCUACAUGUCGCAGGUCUUACAGGGCUUGCAAUACCUUCACGACCAAGGUGUGAUCCAUCGAGAUAUCAAAGGUGCAAAUAUCCUCACGACCAAGCAGGGACUAGUCAAGCUGGCGGAUUUUGGCGUUGCUAGUCGUACAACUGGGUUACAUGAAUCGAGCGUUGUCGGCACCCCGUAUUGGAUGGCACCCGAAGUCAUUGAGCUUUCGGGAGCAACGACGGCGUCAGACAUUUGGAGCCUCGGUUGUACAGUGAUUGAGCUCCUUGAUGGAAAGCCUCCAUACCACAAAUUGCAGCCUAUGCCAGCUCUUUUCCGUAUAGUAAACGACGAUCAUCCUCCACUCCCUCAAGGAGCAUCGCCCGGUGUUAAAGACUUCUUGAUGCAAUGUUUCCAAAAAGAUCCCAAUCUUCGCGUAUCUGCUCGCAAACUUCUAAAGCAUCCUUGGAUUAGCAACGCUCAUCGAACCGGAUCAGUAGUUCCAAAGAAACCCACCGAGUACGAAGAGGCAGUCAAAAGUGUCCAGGAAUGGAACGAGGCUCUUCGUUCUCCGGACUCCACGACAAUGAGAAGGCCAGGCCGAACUGAUCUUCAAGGCUCCAAUCAUCCACGACUUGAUCCUAUAAAUACAGCAUUACGACCCAAGGACGUAACAUCCACUAGGAAUAUGUCUGGAAAAUUCCGCACGCCUGAUCCGGAAGACAACUGGGACGACGAUUUUGAUUCCGCCAUUUCGCCUCGUGCACUUGAACUCCCACAUUUACGACCGCAUGACCACCUUGGAGGGAUACUCUCUUCAGAACGACUGAAAGCUUUUGCUUCUCUUGAUGGAACCACUAUGAGGGACCCGUUGGGUAGUUUUUUGGAAAGUGACACCACAUUGGGGGCUAUGGACUCUGAUCCGCUUGAGACUAUUCGACCAUUGCCGCGGAGAGUGGUGGAGGAGAACAAGCCGCAUGUCAAGAGUCGGUCGCGUCACAGAUCGAGUCAAAGUGUCCCUGUUGUUUCAGGCGUUCAGGUACUUAAUACUAAGCCGGGGACUUCUCCGUCAAAACCUUUACGCCAACCCCGCCCAACAGCAUUUUAUACGGAAAGCGCGGACGAAGAUUUUUCAGAUCUCAUAGUUGCCAAUGACGAUGUUUUGGAACGUAAACUUGGGAUGUUUUCGGAUGUUGAUGAAAAUGUCCCGAAGACUGCGUUGCUGAUCCCAGCUCAGAGGAAAGAAUCAAUCGACAGUUUCGACUCAGAGGAUAGUAAAGCAAGUUUCCCAAUCAGAUUAAAAGCCAGGGGCUCCUUUAAACGUAGCAAGUCUUCAAUUGAGAUACAAAGGUUCACGGAGGAUGAGCAUGAUGAGGAUUUUUCGGACAUAUUCGGCAACGAAGAGACCGGCCCAAAACCAGCCAGCGAGCAUGGUUCCGAGAAAAGCGCGCUUAUGUUGCAAUCUAAGCUCUCCAAUAAUUCAUGGCUAGGAGACCAAGAUGACGAAGACGACCCUUUCGCACAAUUAGAGGAAGGAUUCGAUGAAAUGGACUUGGAAGCAAACAUUGCUCGUGACAAAUACGCCCGUCUACGUAACCAGGUUGAGGGGCUCGUCAGUUCUUUGAAGACUUCACAAGAUGAUGAUGUGCUCGCCGACAUUUCGGAGCAACUGCUGGUCAUAUUCUGCGAUCUACCAGAAACGAAGGCAAUCAUCAUUGGAUCUCAUGGCAUGCUUCCCAUGCUCGAAAUACUGGAAGGGUGUAGACGACGCGAUAUUAUAUUCAAUCUGCUGAAGAUCAUUAACUCGAUCAUUUACAAUGAUUACGAGAUUCAGGAGAAUCUAUGCUUUGUCGGUGGUAUACCGAUCAUUAAUGAGUUCGCAUCGAAGAAAUACCCCCGCGAGAUACGACUGGAGGCAGCAACCUUUGUACAACAGAUGUACCAGUCUUCGACGCUGACUUUGCAAAUGUUUGUUAGCGCCGGUGGUCUUAACGUCUUGGUUGAUUUUCUUGAGGAUGACUACGAAGAUGAGCGGGAUCUCGUCUUGAUUGGUGUCAAUGGUAUAUGGAGUGUUUUUGAACUUCAAGGGUCAACGCCUAAAAAUGAUUUUUGCAGAAUCUUGUCUCGAAAUUCCGUUCUUGAUCCGUUGUCGCUCGUGCUAAGCAGAGUACUCGAUGAGGAGGAGGAAUUAGCAAAGAUAAGUGAGGGUCGUAUAGCUAAUAUAUUUUUCAUCUUCUCUCAAGCAGAGAACCAUGUCAAGGAAAUGGUCGCAGAAAGAACUGUGCUGCAUAGAGUACUCAAAGAGUUGAGACGCAUGACGCCGGUCCACCAAAUCACAAUGCUCAAAUUUAUCAAGAAUCUCUCCAUGUUAUCUACGACAUUAGAGUCAUUGCAAAAUUCGAAUGCAAUUGAUGUUCUGACGGAACUUCUACGUUCCACCAUGAAGCAGCCUCAUUUCAGAGAGGUUUCAAAUCAGAUUCUCAACACAAUAUAUAACAUGUGCCGACUCAGUAAACCGCGACAAGAGGACGCAGCUUUGAAUGGAAUCAUUCCUCUUUUGCAGAAGAUUGUCAAGACGGAACGUCCAUUGAAGGAGUUCGCACUUCCAAUCCUGUGCGAUAUGGCUCAUUCAGGGAAAGUUGGACGUCGUGAACUUUGGCGUAACAAGGGCUUGCCAUUCUAUAUAUCGCUACUCUCUGAUCCGUACUGGCAAGUUACUGCGUUGGAUGCUAUUUUUGCAUGGCUCCAAGAAGAGACUGCCAAAGUGGAGGAACACCUACUGGAAGACCGUGCUGAUGGUCUAUCUUUUACUGAUUCGAUCGUCAAAUGCCUAACGAUUUCAAAAGCAAAUGCUUUCGAGAACUUGCUAGAGCCACUCCAGAAACUCCUACGCUUGAGUCCUCCAGUCGCUUCAACACUCGCCCGAUCUGAUCUUUUUACUCGCAUUCGUCAAAAGCUUCACCAUAACAAGGCUGCCGUGCGUUUGAAUCUACUCCGAAUUCUUUCAAGUAUAUGUGACUCGACAGAGGAACAGAGCGAUUUACUUGCACGCUGUGGCCUGCUGGACGCUAUUAGAGAGCUCGAGAAUGAUCCAGCAAUUCUCGUGAGAGAUAUGGCCGGCAAGCUACUCAAAUCAAACGAGCAUCUUGAAAGUCUGUCGAGUGCCAAAAGAAGGCCUCUAAUGAGACGCACCAGCACUUCUGCUUUGUCUCAAUCUUCUGGAGGCAACCUGUCACGGCCUACUACUCCCAAUCUCAGACCCGGACAAACAAGGGGACUAUUUGAUGUUGCUGAGUCUCCCCGCCAUCAGCGCAAGAGUCUUCGACCUGUGACACGAGAUGGCAGCACAUCAGCAGGAUCGAGCGACAGUAUCGGACAUACCGCUGCUCGUAGUCGUGUUCCCCGAGCGAUGAACAGUCGACUGUCCUUACUCGGCUCUCUCCCAUCCGAAGAAGCAAGAUCCCCUUCUUCUUUGAAUCGGCCACCCUCGGCGCUCAACGCACGACGAAGACGCCAAACAAAUAAUGACAUUGAACACAUACCGGCUCAGCGGGGCUUUCAUUCCACUCCUGCUCAACGUCAAGAUGCACCGCAGUUGAAGAAUGCCUCUGGCUCUGCCGGCUCGAAAAGAAGCUCGACAAGACGGACGGCUAUACGACUUGCGGCUGCUGGAGGAACUGUUGGCGUUGCGGUAAUAGGAUUCUGGGACGAUAUAAAGCAUGGAUAUGCGGCUGCGGAAAGAAGUGCUAGAGUUGCUACCGCUCUUGCGAUCUGUAUCAAUGACUACCGAACGACCCUCAAUCAAACAGGCGGCACCCCCGAAGAACAAGAAGCAAUGCUAAAAGCAUGUCACAAACGCUGCGCAGAGCGUACCCUCGUCGUCCUCGAAAAGAAUGGAUCUAUAUUCAUUAAAUUAGGCCAGCAUCUCAGCAGUAUGGGCUAUCUCCUUCCGCUAGAAUGGACAUCAACUUUUAUUCCAUUGCAGGAUAAGUGUCCGGUUUCAUCUUUCGAGUCGGUACAGGAAAUGUUUCUAGCGGAUACAGGCAAGCGCAUUGAUGAGGUCUUUUCGAGUUUCAGUCCUACCCCUAUCGGCGCCGCGUCACUUGCGCAAGUCCACGUCGCAAUCUUACGGGAAACGGGUCAGAAAGUAGCCGUCAAAAUCCAACAUCCCGCUCUAGCCGAAUGGGUUCCGCUGGAUCUGGCGCUAACACGAUUGACGUUCUCUACCUUGAAGCGCUUUUUCCCGGAGUAUGAUCUGGAGUGGCUCUCGCGGGAGAUGGAUCUGUCGUUGCCGAUGGAACUCGAUUUUAGACACGAGGCUGAGAAUGCGAUGCGGACAAAGGCGUACUUUAAGCAGCAUUCUGAUGCGCCGUUGGUCAUUCCUCAGGUGAUGACGGCUGAAAAACGCAUUCUAACCAUGGAAUUCAUCUCCGGCGCUCGUCCGGAUGACUUGGAGUUUCUCGACAAGAACGGAAUUGACCGUGACGAAGUGUCUGCUGCGUUCGCACACAUCUUCAACGAAAUGAUCUUCGGAGACAAUGCCCCUCUCCACUGCGACCCUCACGGCGGCAACAUCGCCAUCCGAAAGAACGACUCUCGCCGCAAACCCAACUUUGACAUCAUUCUAUACGACCACGGUCUAUACCGCGAUAUUCCUCAAGACUUGCGCCGAAACUACGCAAAACUAUGGCUCUCAGUCAUUGAAGGCGAUGAAAAGAAGAUGCGCAAAUACGCCUAUGAGGUAGCAGGAGUCACUGACGAGCAUUUCCCGAUUUUCGCAAGUGCCAUUACUGGUCGAGACUUUACGGUUAUUGCGCAGAACAAGGUUGUGUCGUCGCGAGAUAGCGAGCAGGAGAAGAGUAACGUCACCAGUGCGCUGAGUCAGGGUUUGCUUCAGCAAUUGGUUGAUAUGCUCGGGCGAGUUCCUCGCAUUAUACUUUUGAUUUUAAAAACGAAUGAUCUUACCCGGAGUCUCGAUGAGAACCUACACACCCGCCAAGGACCAGUCCGCACAUUCCUCAUUCUUGCUCGAUACGCCACCCGAACCGUGUUCGAGGAGGAAAUGGAGUUCGUGUCGCAGAAUGGCAGUCUACUGCGCCUCGGUAACCUAUACCGAUUUCUUUCUGCUUUUACGGCAUACGUGCGCGUUGAAUUGAAGUUGUUGGCUUAUGAGAAAUGGCUUUCUGUCAAGAGUACGUUUGGCAUUGCAGCGUGA